AUGAACUCUUCAAGCAUGAACAACGCCUUCCCGAUCAAAGGAGCUACGCAAAUUCCUGCAAUUAGUCCUGGCCCUGCAAAUUCGUCAGGAGGAAAUCUCCUAAUACCCAACAUGCCUCCAUGGGCCAAGUGGGUAGUUAGUGCCAUCAUAGUUGCAAUACCUAUUUACAGAAGGAUAAGAACAUCGGAAGAGAAGAUGGCAGAGGUGACGAUCGAGGUGGUCGACACGGUGGCAGAGGUGACCGAGAAGGUGGCCGGCGAGAUUGCCGAAGCGUUCCCCGGCAACGAAGGUCUCAAUGAGGCUGCCUCGAAGAUUAAGACGGUUACAGAUGCGAGCAAGGAGGAUGCCGAGAAAGCCGAGGCCCUAAUCCAGAAGGUUGACGAGAUAAAGAAAUAG